AUGAAUUUCGAUGUUGGAGGUCCAUCAUACUUAUCAUCAUCUUCAUCUUCGGAUGAUGAUAAUUUUCUGUCCAAUAUCAUUGCAGAGAUUGAUGAAACCGAAGAAGUAAUUUGUGAGUACAUCAACAACAACAUGAUCCUCGUUAACAAUUUACGUCAACACAACUACCAACCGAUCCAUGGUGGCUCGAUUCCCGGUCAUGCAGUGAUCAACCGCGAUCGAGAAAAUGCGCAUCAGAAUUUGGUCAUAGAUUACUUUGCCGAUAAUCCACGUUUUGGAGAAGAUAUGUUUCGUCGUCGAUAUCGGAUGUCAAGAAGUUUGUUCCUUCGUAUUGUUGAUGCAGUGAAAGAUCAUGACUAUUACUUCCAACAACGAAGUGAUGGACUUGGUAGAAUGGGAUUAUCACCGUUACAGAAAGUAACAGCUGUUUUUCGCAUGUUGGCAUACGGCCUACCAGCUGAUGCUACGGACGAAUACGUUAAAAUAGGUGAGUCAACAGCAAUUGAAAGUAUGACAAAAUUUUGUCGUGCUAUGGUGGAAAUAUUCGCAGAGCGGUAUCUACGAACACCUAACGCUAACGAUAUUGCUAGGCUACUCUAUAUUGGAAAAAACGUGGUUUUCCAUGAAUGGUUAGGAGUCUUGAUUGUAUGCAUUGGAAAUGGAAAGAAGUCUUGA